AUUUGGGAGGGAGCUUCCGUGCAAUAAUAUUUUAAGAUUUUAUUUUGUUGAAUCGUUUUAUAUUUGAACGUCAUUUCCUGUGGUAAGUUGCGUCCCACCCCCUUUGAUUCGCGUUCACCUUUAGCGCACAUGCGCGUGCUGCUGUUACACUCGCUGUUGAUGCAAGCCAUGUGGUUGUUGGUAUUUUUUUGGGAUGAAACGUUUAUAUUUUCGUGAAUAAUUGUACUUUUACGUUUCCUACGUAGACGUUGACGCGAAAAAACGGCCUAAAAUGUCGGCGGAGGACGUAAACAUCCACGCACAAGUGGAGUCUGUGCUGGGUGCGCUCGUGAAAGUGGCCACGGUGGAGUUGACCAAACUGUUCGAGAGCAGUUACAGAGCUUCGGCUGCUUCGGUCGAAGUGGGCCGCGCCGACGGCGGAAAGGGGAGCGAGUCCCCGGAUAGUUUGUCGUCUGCAGAGAGAACGCGCAGCAUCGGGGUGCAAGUGGACGACGACAUUCACUCACCGCUCACGCUGGCGUAUGGCGAUUGUUGCCGAGAGUCCGGAAAGGAGCAGGAGGCGCAAGGUUGUCUCCGCGUUCUUUUUGCUCGAGAUACACCACGAGUCAAGCAGGCAGAGGCUUUGAAUGAGGCAGAGUUCAGCAUCCUUGAAACAGACUGUGGGCCACAGCCAGACGCUACUUUGGAUGCUCAAAGAUGUGAGGCGAGGCGAAGCCCACGAGCUGAGAAUCAGCCUCCUGCGGCGCAACCCCACCCGAGCGAUGAAGUCUCGUUUGUGUGUUGUCCGCUAAGCCUGAAGCCCGAGUUUCCCGCGCCUCGGCCUGACAGCUCCGAGACGCCCGUUAAGGCGGAGCCCCAUCAAGCUUGCGCCAGCGCAGCCAAGGGCACGGCUGACAGCCUGUGCCUUGGCGAAGGGGCCCCGACUCCGGUGCCGGUUGGCCUUUGGGAACAUGUGCCUGCGCCAAAGGAGACCAAAAACCUCCUCCAGAUGAAGCUGAAACUCUCCUCGCGUGACCGAAAGCUGAGGAGCGCGUGUGUGGUUCAACUCGUCAACGUGCUGUCUGCAGCAGAGUUGCGGGCGAAGAUUCAGAAGAGCGGCGGCGGUAAAAAGAAACGGCCCGUGCCGAAAGAUUUGCGGCGCCAUCAGGGCGCGCACACGGGGCGCCGCCUCUGCUGCUUCACGGCCUGCGAAAAAGGCGUAUGGCGACUGCAGAAAGCCGUCGGCCACUCCCGCGACGGCUACGCCUGCGGCGCUUGCGGCAAAACGUUCAAGCGGCGAAAGCAUCUGCGGCGCCACGAGCGCUUCCACACGGGCGAAAAGCCUUACUCGUGCUCCAAGUGUUCCAAGACGUUUGCGCUCAGGAAGAGCCUCCGCCGCCACGAGAGAUUCCACACGGGCGAGAGGCCGCACAAAUGCACGCACUGUGACAAAAGCUUCCGCCUGCGAGUCAAUCUGAAAACGCAUCUGAGAUUUCACACCGGAGAGAAGCCGUACCAAUGCGGCCAAUGUGGAAAGAUGUUCCGGAUCCUGGGGAAUCUGGACAGACACAAACUCAACCCGUGUGGAUUCUUUGCGCCGUCAUUCCGGACCAUCGCCGGCUUGUAGCCGAGACUCGCGCGGCCCCUUUCGCGCCGCGCUCCCCGACAAAGCUGCCGCUGUGCCCGAAUGUCAACGAGGCUUACAACCACCUUGAAUUCUGUACGUUUCUGGUUUAGUCAUGUUUGUUUUCAUAAAUUGCAGGGGGAAGUUUUCACCUUUGAAAUAGUAAUCUUGCAUUCCUGACGACAACGCAGAGAAGGAAGCGUAAGGCGCCGUGACUGCGAUGUGAUGUUUAACGCAGCGGCGUUGGGGCGAGUGGUGUUUCCUCUCCGGCGUGACAAUUUUACAGAACUCUGGGUGAAAAGGGCUUUUCAAGAACGCGCGUAACGUUCGCUACCUCAAACAGCAAACCCAGUGAAGGUUCCAUGAAAAUGUUGCGGGGUUUUCUUUUGGUUGUUUUAUUUUUUUUUUUUUUCAGAAAAACACUGAUGUUCUCUUCCUUUUUAUUGAGCUUGUACUACCGUUUAGUUCUGCGACUGGAUAAAGUUCUCUCAGGUUCUACAACCGGUACAAGAUGAUGAGGUUGUGGUUUCGGCUGAUUCCGAAUUUGCAUUUACGGGUAAGGAAAACAAAUGUGGACCUUUUGACUUGACAGCUUGUUGUUACUGACCAAAUAAUUGAUUUUCACCAUGUAUUGAUCCAAUAGAAACACUGUAGUGAACAAUUGUGGUGUUGUUGCAGUCUGAGAGAUGUUUUCUGAUAUUCUGGUGCGAUGCAGUGACAAUCACGAUGAACAUUUUUGGAUUUUCCUCUUUUGCAGCUCUUGGACUGGAAAUCAAAAGUAGGGCACAUGUUCUUUGCGGUAUCUGAUUUUUUUUUAAUCUGUUUUUGUAGUUUAAAGGACCCUUUGUUUUAACUCUGUCUUUAUGAUACUUGAAAUGUCAUUCGCUUUACUUGCUACUUUUUGUCUCUGUUUCAGUUAUGUCACAAUUACAGAAUGAAUGUGUUGUCUUUCCAUACUGAAGAGUUUAGGGUUAAGGAACUACUGACUUUGUAUUUUUAUAUGUCAUGUCUUCUGGAAGAUGUAUGGAAAGUGGCAGAAGACUUGAGAUUAAAUUUUUUUUUUUUUAA